AUGUUCGGAAUAUUAAAUACCUUAAUUUCACUAGUUUACCCCGUGUUUGCUUCAACUAUUGCCAUCAUAAACAGCAUCGAUGAGCCUAAUUUGCCCUCUCGCUUAGGUGCGCUACAACGGUGGCUUAUUUAUUGGGCAGUCCUAGGAUGUGCUACAAUUGUUGAAAAUACAUUGUCUUUCAUUACAUUUGUUCCGGGGUACUCGUUGCUCAAGAUUGUAUUUCAUGUUUGGUUAAUCAUUCCAAUGGUGACUGAAAAUGAAGACUGGAAGAAAUCAGGGGCGCCAUGGCUCUUCUUUGAGUUUAUCAAACCUCAAUUUGAGGCCAAUAAGGAUGCUGUUAAAAAAUUUGUGUCAAACCCGUUGGAUCUAAAGACAGUUUUGAAAUUGAGUUCUCUCGCAAAGAAGGAGGAGAGUGCUACCGAUAAUAAUCCUGCUGCUGCUGCUGCUGCUACUACGACUGGGUACGACUAUGCUGCUAUAUUGGAUGGGUCCAUCUUCAUGGUAAGGAAUAUCUUUACAAGAGAGGUUACCGAGAAAGCAGUCGACAGUCCCAAUACUGAAGAGUAUGACAUGGUUGAUAAGCCCGAGGCUACUGAAGCUUAUCAAAAAAAGAGUUACUUUUGGUGA